AAAGAAAUUUGGUUUUCCUAUAAAUAACGCAGCAGUGUUGUUAGUGAGUUCAAGUUCUGAUCUAAUAGCAACUAGUCAAAGAAGUGCAUUUUUGUUUCCAGAGAAUGGCAUUGCAAGCUUUUUGCUUCACAAACUUUAGUAACAAAAUGUUCCCUCCAUCAAAAACUAUUCAAUCUACAAAAUUGGGUGUUUUGAGUUCACCAUUUUUCGUCACGAAAACGAAAUCAUCCUCGUCUUCGAUGACUAAGAAAUCACCAAUAAAGGCAGGGCAAUUAUCCGACGAACAAGAUCGUCCACAAGUUAGCUAUCCUCCUACCAUUUGGGGUGACAGCUUUAGCUCCUUCUCUUUUAAGCAACCGGAGUUCGAAUCGUAUACCAAGCAGACAGAAGUGCUAAAAUCGGAAGUGAAGAGCAAGCUAACCUCUUCCGCAGAUGAUGCUUUGACAAAACUUAAUUUCAUCAACUUGUUAAUCCGUCUGGGCUUGUCAUAUCAUUUUGAGGAUGAUAUAGAGCAGCAGCUAGAUGAGCAUUUUGAUGCUCUCGUUGCUCAAGUUUCGGAUGAAAAAUGUGAUUUGUACACUGUUUCACUUGUAUUUCGAGUUCUCAGACAAAACGGUUAUAGAAUCACUUCUGACGUGUUUAACAAGUUUAAGGACAGCCAUGGUAAGUUCAAGCAAAGCCUGGCGACGGACGUGAAGGGCAUACUGAGUUUGUAUGAAGCUGCGUUUGUGAGCAUAACCGGAGAAGAUAUUCUAGAUGAAGCUAUCGCUUUCACAAAGCCCAUUUUGGAAUUCUACAGCUCCACCGUUAACGUUAAUGGCUUCGAAAAACAUAUAAGCAAUGCACUGAAACAUCCAUUCCAUAGGGGCAUGCCCAGAGUUGAAGCAAGACAUUUUAUCUCUCUGUAUGAAAUGGAUGAGUCUAGAGAUGAAAUCUUACUUAAUUUUGCUAAGUUGGAUUUCAAUAGACUACAACUGGUGCAUCAACAUGAACUCAGCCACGUUUCGAAAUGGUGGAGUGAUUUGGACUUGGUGUCAAAAUAUCCGUUUGCAAGAGACAGAAUUGUGGAGCUCUAUUUCUGGAUGAUAGGAGUAUCUGCUGAACCUCAAUAUGGUGAUUCCAGAAUACUUGUUACGCAGCUUCUGAUGCUGCUAUCGGUGGUGGAUGAUAUAUACGAAGCAUAUGGUACACUCGAUGAACUCCAGCGUUUUACAGAAGCAAUGGAGAGGUGGGGUACUAGUGGCCUUGAUCUUUUACCUGAGUACAUGAAACCUCUUUACAAAGCUUUAAUAAAUUUCGAGGAAGAACUUGAGAAUGAUAUGAGAAGAGAUGGAAAAACAAUCACAGUCAGUUAUGUAAAGAAUGAGAUGAUUCAAAUAACGAAAGCCUACUUGACGGAAAUCCGAUGGUUUCAUGAUGGCUAUACACCGUCACCGAAUGAGCACAUGGAGACAACAUAUUAUACGGCCGCUAUUCCUUUUAUAAUUAUAGUCUGGUACGGAGGAAUGGCACAAGUUAAAGAAAAUAAAGAGUUCGAAUGGUUAUUAAAAAGUCCCAAGAUUCUGAAAGCCGGAGGAACAAUUGCUCGUCUCAUGGAUGAUUUAAUAACUCAUAAGGAUGAACAAGAGAGACCAUCGGGGCAUAGUCCUUCCUCCGUUGAAUGCUAUAUGUACCAUACCGGAGUUUCCGAGGAGAAAGCCACCCAAGAGAUUCAACAGAUGAUUGAAGUGUUAUGGAAGGAAAUGAACGAGGAAUGUUUCAGGCCUACUCCUAUACCAAUGUCCUUACUAAUGCCUAUUGUUAACAUUAUACGAGUAGUUGAAGUUUGUUAUCGACACUAUGAUAGCUACACAAAUCCAGAGUACGUCAAGAAUUACAUCGAGGAAAUGUUCAUCCAUCCGAUACAAAUUCAGCCAUAGUUUACUUUUAUGUUUUUAAACCAAGUCGAUUUUCUUCUCUUGGAAUGUUUGACUAUAUUAUCUUGUUCGGUUUUGUUUUGUUGAAUUGUUAAUUUAAAUUAUGUUCGUUUUAA